AUGAAUCUUUCAGUAGAGAGCCACAGUAUUUCUCUCAGUGAUGGCAAUUGUAUUCCACUUCUUGGAUUGGGAACCUAUGGAGACCCUCGCACAACGCCAAAGGGAACAGCUCUCGAAUGUGUCAAGCUGGCCAUAGAAGUUGGAUACAGGCACUUUGACGGGGCGCUGGUGUAUUUCAAUGAGCAUGAGGUCGGCCAAGCUAUUAGAGAAAAGAUUGCAGAUGGAACUGUCAGAAGAGAGGACAUAUUUUACUGUGGCAAGCUCUGGAAUACCUUCCAUCCUCCUGAGUUAGUGAGACCUGCUUUGGAAAGGACAUUGAAAACCCUAAAAAUGGACUAUGUGGAUCUCUACAUUGUGGAGCUUCCUAUGGCUUUCAAGCCCGGCAAGGAAUUUUACCCUAAAGAUCAGAAUGGAAAAUACAUCUACCACCAGACAGACCUCUGUGCAACAUGGGAGGCUUUAGAAGCUUGCAAAGAUGCAGGGCUGGUGAAGUCUCUGGGAGUCUCCAACUUCAACCGCCGGCAGCUGGAGCUGCUGCUCAGAAAACCUGGCCUGAAACACAAACCUGUGUCCAAUCAGGUUGAAUGUCACCCAUAUUUCACUCAGCCUAAACUUCUGGAGUACUGCCGUCAAAAUGAGAUUGUGAUUGUGGGCUACUGCCCCCUUGGUUCUUCUAGAGAUGCUUCUUGGGUAAAUGUAAAGUCUCCUCCUCUUCUGGAAGAUGAACUGCUGGUGUCUAUUGGCAAGAAGUACAACAAGAGUAGUGCUCAGGUAGCUCUCCGCUUCAACAUACAAAGAGGUGUGGUCGUCAUUCCAAAGAGCUUCAGUCCUGAGCGCAUCAAACAUAACUUUCAGAUAUUUGAUUUUUCCCUUACGGAGAGAGAGAUGAAGGCCAUUGAAGGACUGAACAAAAACAUCCGCUUUGUUGAGCUACUGAUGUGGAGCGAUCACCCAGAGUACCCCUUCCAUGAAGAAUAUUGAGCUCUUUGAAUGUUCCACAGGAUUUUUGUCAUAAUUUGAAG